AUGACCAGUCGCACCGAUUCCAACAGGCCUAACCUUCGGGUUACCAUUAUCGCGGCCGACGGUCUAUAUAAGAGGGAUGUUUUCCGCUUCCCCGACCCUUUUGCUGUUGCGACCAUCAAUGGCGAGCAAACCAAAACAACGACUGUCAGCAAAAGGACUCUAAACCCUUACUGGAACGAGAGCUUUGACUUUCGCACCAAUGAAGAUGGCAUCCUCGCAGUACAGGUUUUUGAUCAAAAGAAGUUCAAAAAGAAGGACCAGGGAUUCUUGGGAGUUAUCAACAUUCGCGUUGGAGAUGUCAUACCUGAGCUCAGUGCAGACGCCGAUGAUCAGAUGCUUACACGAGACCUGAAGAAAUCAACCGAUAACCUUGUCGUUCACGGAAAGCUUAUUAUUAACCUCUCUUGCAACCUCAGUGCACCAGCCCGCGGUGGCCAAACAUCAACAGCCCGACCAUCUUUGGGCACCGGCCCCUCGAACGCAUCCAACCUCUCCGCCCCACCACCAGAGAACCGACCGGGAUCUUCAAUGUCAGGACCAAACGGCGCUGGUGGUUCGCAGGUCAACUUGGCACAUCGUCCGUCCAGCAUUAACUCUGUUGGCGGUGCCAGCGCCACCGGACCAAACGCAUCUGGACCGACUCGCCAAGCUAACCAGCUCAGCCCAUUCGAAGAUGCCCAAGGACGUCUACCUGCCGGCUGGGAACGUCGCGAGGACAACCUUGGUCGCACCUAUUAUGUCGAUCACAACACCCGAACAACGAGCUGGAACCGACCCACUGCAACUGGUGCCCAGGAACAGCGGAACGACAGAGAGGCAGCUACCCAGGUCGAGCGACAGAGACAUCAGAACCGUACUUUGCCCGAGGAGCGAACUGGUUCCAACUCGCCAACGAUGCACGCGCAGCAGCCGCAACCAGCGGCAUCACCAGCAACUAACGGCGGUGCGGUGAUGCACACUGGAGCAACAAGCCCCGGCACAGGAGAACUGCCUCCAGGGUGGGAGCAGCGAUGGACACCCGAAGGCCGACCCUACUUUGUUGACCAUAACACGAGAACAACCACCUGGGUUGACCCACGUCGCCAGCAGUACAUCCGUAUGUAUGGCGGCCAGAACAAUGCCAAUGGCCAAAUUCAGCAGCAGCCUGUGUCGCAACUUGGUCCUCUACCUAGUGGUUGGGAAAUGCGACUGACCAACACUGCUCGCGUUUACUUUGUUGAUCACAAUACCAAGACCACCACAUGGGACGAUCCUCGACUACCCUCAUCCCUGGAUCAGAAUGUUCCUCAGUACAAGCGAGACUUCAGGCGAAAGCUCAUUUACUUUCGCUCACAGCCAGCCAUGCGAAUCCUUAGUGGUCAGUGUCAUAUCAAGGUUCGACGUUCUCACAUUUUCGAGGACUCGUUCGCCGAGAUUACACGCCAGUCAGCAACAGACUUGAAGAAACGGCUGAUGAUCAAGUUUGACGGCGAAGACGGUCUGGACUAUGGCGGUCUCUCUCGAGAAUUCUUCUUCCUCCUCUCACACGAAAUGUUCAACCCCUUUUACUGCCUUUUCGAAUACUCCGCCCAUGAUAAUUACACUCUUCAGAUUAACCCCCACUCUGGCAUCAACCCGGAGCAUCUCAACUACUUCAAGUUUAUUGGCCGCGUUGUCGGACUGGCCAUCUUCCACCGACGCUUUUUGGACGCCUUCUUUAUCGGUGCUCUAUACAAGAUGAUGCUUGGCAAGGCAGUAGCCUUGGCAGACAUGGAGGGUGUGGACGCAGACUUCCACCGAUCGUUGCAGUGGAUGCUGGACAACGACAUUUCCGGAGGUAUUCUGGAGCAGACUUUCUCGACUGAAGAUGAAAGGUUCGGAGUUCUCACAACUGAGGAUCUCAUCCCUGGCGGCCGCGACAUUGAAGUCACCAACGAGAACAAGAAGGAAUAUGUUGAUCUCAUGGUCAAAUGGCGCAUCGAGAAACGUAUUGCUGAGCAGUUCCAAGCUUUUAAGGAAGGUUUCCAAGAGCUCAUCCCCCAGGAUCUCAUCAAUGUCUUCGACGAACGUGAGCUCGAGCUCCUUAUCGGAGGUAUCGCUGAGAUCGAUGUCGACGACUGGAAGAAGCACACCGAUUACCGAGGAUAUACUGAAUCCGACGAGGUCGUGCAGAACUUCUGGGCGACAGUACGAUCCUGGGAUGGUGAGCAGAAGUCACGACUGUUGCAGUUCACUACUGGAACUUCUCGAAUUCCCGUCAACGGAUUCAAAGAUCUCCAGGGCAGUGAUGGCCCUAGACGAUUUACCAUUGAAAAGGCGGGAGAAAUCACUAAUUUGCCAAAGGCACACACUUGUUUCAACCGACUCGAUUUGCCACCUUAUAAGAGCCUAGAGAUGCUCCAGCAGAAGCUCACGAUUGCCGUCGAAGAGACUAUGGGUUUCGGUCAAGAGUAG